UUUCAUCUCUUCUCUUUCUACCAGCCUUCUCUGUUCAGUUUUUUUUUCUCCAAAAAAAAUUCACUGUAGUGGCCGCGAAACUCCGCCGCGGUAGCUACACGCGCCGUGUUAAUGCAUCUGAGUCAGCUGUCACGGCGACUCACCUGACAUCACUGUAGCAUCCAGCGGCCACUCCUCUCCGCACCGCCGCGAUCUGCCGCAAUUGGCCGAUUAACGACUUAGAGGGGAAGAUUCUAGGAAUAGCGACUGCAUCUCAUAUAGAAGUGAAAAGGAAUGGAGCUUCUGUGUUUAAUUGUCACGUUAGCUGUGAUUUUGGUUUUAGGGUUUGUGUUUGUAAUCUUCGUUGAAGCAUAUAGAAGAAGAAAUAAUCAUGAGCACAUUGAAGUUCCGGCGAUUUUUGAGGAUCCUAAUUCGUUGAAACAGGUACCUUGCCCACAUGUUGUUGAUCCUGCCUCAAAGUAUAUUUCGUUGAUAAUUCCUGCAUUUAACGAGGAACAUAGACUUCCCAGUGCACUUGAGGAAACUAUGGUUUAUCUGCAACAUCGUGCUUCAAAGGAUCCUUCUUUUUCAUAUGAGGUUGUAAUUAUUGAUGAUGGAAGUGUAGAUGGGACUAAAAGAGUAGCUUUCGAAUUUGUUAGGAAAUACACAGUAGACAAGGUAAGGGUCAUCCUUCUUGGAAGAAAUCAUGGCAAGGGAGAAGCCAUCAGAAAAGGAAUGUUGCACUCACGCGGUGAAUUACUUCUCAUGCUUGAUGCUGAUGGAGCAACCAAGAUCACUGACCUAGAAAAACUUGAAAAUCAGAUUCGAGCUGUUGCUAAAAAGGAUGGAGAUUCAAGUGGUAGUGAUCCUAGCUUUAGAAUAUCUGAUACACCUGUUGUUGUAUUUGGUUCACGAGCUCAUCUAGAGGAGAAAGCUUUGGCUACAAGGAAGUGGUACCGCAAUUUUUUAAUGAAGGGGUUCCAUCUUGUGGUUUUAUUGGCUGCUGGUCCUGGAAUUCGUGAUACACAGUGUGGUUUCAAGAUGUUUACUAGGGCUGCAGCUAGGAAACUCUUUUCAAAUGUCCGCUUGAAAAGGUGGUGCUUUGAUGUUGAAUUGGUCUUUUUGUGCAAGUGGUUUCAGAUCCCAAUUUUAGAAAUUUCUGUAAUUUGGUCUGAGAUUCCAGGAUCCAAAGUGAAUCUUCUUAGUAUACCAAACAUGGUUUGGGAGCUUCUGCUAAUGUCCGUAGGGUACAGGAUUGGUAUAUGGAGAAUCUCCAAUUCCACCUGAGCUUCAAUGAUCAAUAUUGGGAAGAAAAUUGGCAUUUUCCUAUCCACAGAGUGACAUGUUAAUGAUAAAUUUAAAGUUUGUAGGUCUAGUCAUAACUUUCUGGAUUAUGCACUUCAGGAUGGGGUCAUGAAUGCUUUGUUUUUUUUCCCUUUUUGUUUUUUUACUAGAUAAAAAGUAUUCAACAAUUCAUAAUUAUACCAUUUACUAUUGUUAUUUCUUACAUAGUUAACACUCCCCAGAAAACAUUUCAUUCCUUAGGUGCCCAUUUGAAAGAGAAUAGCUUACAUUGGUGAGUUAUUUCGAUGUUUUUUUACUCAUCAUUGUCUGUGGGAUGUAUUACAAAACAUGUAAUCGGACCGGGAUUGGUGUAUUUUGUUCUUAAAACAAUCUGCAGGAUUUUCUUUUGGGUUGCUAAUUGUGUCAUACAUUGACAUUAAAUGAUUGAUCAACGGGUUUAUUAGUUUUGUAA